GACUCAAGCGCACACGAAGACACACACUGAGACUGCACUCAGUCCAUUAAGACGGCAGGCUUAACAAUCGCUUGUUGCCGAACGUCCCUGCAGGCCAGACGAUUCCUGCGCAGUGAGAAAAGGAACAAUGUCAGGACCGAGGCCCGUGGUGCUGAGCGGCCCCUCCGGAGCAGGGAAGAGCACCCUGCUCAAGAGGCUGAUGAAGGAUCACGAGGGAGUGUUCGGAUUCAGCGUGUCACACACCACAAGGAACCCUCGACCAGGGGAGGAAGAUGGCAAAGGGCUGAACAAUCUCCCUAUGCUUCUGGGGGCUACUUUACUGCCCGUAGCAGACGUCUUUUCCUCCGAAACCUCAUUUUCGUGUCCAAACGAAUCAGAACCCACAGUUAAAGACUACCACUUCACAACGAGAGAGGCCAUGCAGGAGGGCAUCGACAACGGAGAGUUCAUUGAGAACGCAGAGUUUUCUGGCAACAUGUAUGGUACAAGUAAGGCUGCUGUGGAAGAUGUACGGGCUAAGAACCUGAUCUGCAUCCUUGACGUGGAUAUCCAAGGGGUGAAGCGGAUCAAAGAGACUGACCUGAACCCCAUCUACAUCUCCAUCCAGCCUCCAUCCAUGGAGAUCCUGGAAAAACGUCUGAGAGACAGGCAGACAGAGACGGAGGAGAGUUUACAGAAACGUCUCGAGGCUGCCCGCAUUGAUAUGGAGCUGAGCAAAGAGGCGGGAGUGUUUGACAUUGUUAUCGUCAAUGAUGACUUGGAGAAGGCCUACGAGGAGCUGAAAGAAAUCCUAAAUGAAGAAAUCAAGAAGGUUCAGGAGGCCAAAUGAACCAAUUACCCACUUGUUUUUCUGCUUGUGACUCUGAUCGGAAAGCCUGUUCCAGAGAACGAACACGACUGAAGAAAGAAGUCAGGAGAGACGAUUUCUUUUUCAUUUCUCCUCACGUUUCUUUGCACCUGUGUUGUUUCUAUGCAGGUAAAAAAAGGGUGGAGCCUGGGUUGAAAUGUUUUUAUUUCUAAGCGAGAAUUUGUGUUGUAGUUAGUGAAAACGAACCGGACGAUAUGAUAUGAAUACCUUAAAUCUGUUAUACCUGAAACUUUUUUCUGGCCUCUAUAAAAAAAAA